CGUCAGCACAGAUUUUGAUCCCCUCACGGUAUGACACGAAUAGCGAGUUGCCACUGAAAGAUCUCAGCCACAGUCCUACUAUUCUAAUGGAUAUGAGAUUUUCCGGUGGUACCUGAAUUCCGCACACUCAUCUGGAACAAGAAUCACGUAUUCAGCAACUCGGCUUCACCUUUUGCCAGGAACCACAAAGCGCCAUAUCCUUUGAUUGAGUCAAGUUCUCGCACUGCCACGUACCAUCAAGAACGAAAAGCUUUACCCCAAGCCCCUUCAACCAGGACUUCAAUCCGUCAACCAAAGAUUUCCUAGAAAUGCCAGAAAAGAUGGGGAGAGGUCGCAAAAACAUGCCUUCCUGGCAGGAAUUCAACAGACUUGAAGCGGCUCAACGAAAUUACAUCAGACUGGGAGAUACAGGAAGAACCGACAAAGGUGUCUUUGCCAACCAGGAUAUCCCAAAGUUCACUCGCAUCAUCUGCGAAGUUCCUACCAUCGACCUGAGGAAGAAAUAUCUGAGCACGGCCAACGUCAAAGUUGCCUUUGAAUCGCUCCCUGCCAACCGCAAAGCCGCAGUCAUGGAUCUUCAUUUCGAUUUUUCCGAUUCGGGAAUCGCGACACCUCUCUCGUUGAUCUUUGAUCAAAAUGCUAUGGAUACCGACCGAGGAAGAAUUCUAUGCACCACCGUCGCUCGCAUCAAUCAUUCUUGUCUUCCCAACGCUAUGGGGAAUAUGAACUGGCUGACCCAUUGCUAUACAGUUCAAGUACUCCACGACAUCGUGGAAGGGGAGGAAAUAACCAUCAAUUAUAUCGAUGUGGAACUCCCUAAGGAACAACGUGAUGCAAGGUUGAAGGCAAUUUGGAAUUUCGAGUGUCGUUGCUUGCUCUGCGACCAACACUUCUCUGCGAGAUUUCUGCAGUCGAGUAAUAUGCUGAGAGCUUGGCUUCAGCAAUUUCGUGAUACAAUCAGUCGUUUUGACCCUGGCCCGCCACCUAUAACAGAAGGUAAGUUUUGGGACUUUUUUACCUAGUAAACAUAUGUGGAACUAGACCCCAGAGAAACGUCACACAUAACCACUCUGCUAGCUUCACCCUCGGAACUAAAGAAGCUGCUGUUACUGACUUCUCCAACUUUUAUAGAACAAGCUCGCCAACAAAGUCUCAAUGAGAGCCAACAUAACAGCGACAUUCAUCAAUUCAUCCAAAGUAAGUUCUAUCACAUACCUCCCUUCCCUCCAAUCACUCUUCCAGAAAUUGACAAAGGCUAUAGCCGCCGAACAUGAAGGUCUUCCAGGUUCUCUCGCCUUCGCAUGCUGGAAGGCUGCUGAGUCUGCGCUGCGACUGAAUAACAGAGACCUGUAAGUAAAAAUACGAUCCAAAACUCCAUACUAGGCUGUUUUCAUUUCCGAAGACAACUCAAAACUCUUAUAGUACAAUUAUAAUUCCACUGCUAAUCUCCGACUUCCAGAGCAUCAAAAUGGGCAAGCGAAACUCAAGAUAUCCUCAUGAAGACGAUCGGCAUAGACACUGCGGAAUUCAACCAAGUUAUCCUGUGGAAAAUACAUAACCAGCUUCCGUCGAAACAACCCAUUUAUUUCCCACAGUUGGAGAGCGAACGUGAGGCUCAAGAGAGAAUGAGGCUAUUUCAACCCAGACGUGGGACGUUCAGGGAGCUGCAAUGAGAAGUUGCAAGCUUUAUCCCCUGCUUUAUCCUAAAAUAAGUGGAAAUUUUAUUUCUUCCGGCCGUGACAUAUCAAAGCUUCUUCUCUUCAGGUUCUAGUGUAUAGAUCGAGCGAGCGAAGUUUUUAAGUGAUUCCUGAAGUUGCCGGAUCACUUGUACUGUAUUGCUUUCGCGGUAUUGAGAGCGUUGAUAUCUUCCCUCGCCAAAAUUAUUUAUUCUGCUGCCG